UUGUCGCGUGGCUUCUAUUUAAGCUAAAAUGAACGGUAAUUGAUUCCUGAGGUCUAAUAUUUGCUGUACUUGUUAGUACGAGAAACGCCAGGACGUUUAGCCAUUAGGUGGCCUACGUGUCUCUGUGGGCCUGUAUGAAUGUGGGGUUCUUGGGUUAACACUAGGGGCAGGGUCAGCACUUGGGAUCGAAGGAAUUCAGUCAGAAUUGUCACUAGAGGUAUUUUCAGCCGAGUUCAGCGCCGGAUAGGAAACGCCGCGGCGUAACAUCUACGAUCGGUAAGAUGUUAUAUUUCAUUACCCAUGUUCUCUCUUUGUGUGCGGCGCACGUGGGCAGGGGUGGGCGAACCUGAACACGGAUCCCCCACGUGUGUGACGUUAUUCGCCGAUCGCGAGCUAAUGCGCUGUAACUUGCAAUCUUUUUCACGAGUUAGUCUGUCCCGGUAAAAGUGGUCCCACGCAUUGCGAUUUUCUGAUCUUAAAAGGUUAAGAACUUUGAAGUACGUUUUGAAGAUUUGGUAAGUUUGCGUUUUUAGGAGAGCCUACCAAGCUGUAAUUUGUACUGCAAAUAUUUCUCCGGCAGCCUACUGAAAUGAAUAUUUUGUCCCAAUCACAUUGCGAUGUUUGAGAGAAGUAAAUGCGUUAUAAAAUACUCACUUCUCAAAAUAAAUUGAGAAACAUGCAAAUAAAAUCACAAACGAAUCCACGCAUGCGAUUCCAGGCGAAUGAUUACCCAUCUACCUUAAAUGUAAGUUAGCAGUCGGAGUCCACGGUUUAGAUGUUUUAAAGCUAAGCAUUUAAUUUAAAUUUUAUAUUUGAUAUAUGUGUAAUGGAUGCAUUUAUCAUCGUACAACUCAGUAACAGUACAGUAAGGCAUUCCUUUGUCAACCGUUUUAUUUUCCAAAGCAAUCUCAAAAUAAAUAUCAAAAAGUGCAUACUUAUUUCCCACGAAAGACCACUCAAUCAAACAAUAUCAUCCAUGAUUUGUUCCGAGUAUGAAUAAACGUGGAUAUCAUACGGGAAACAUUCGCAUCUGAAAACCAGCCUGAUAAACUUAACACAUCUUCUCAAGGUAACAGUAAUAAAGAAAUAAAAAGGUUUCAUUUUUUUUUUGGCCACAAACAACCUCUUCCCCCCUGUUGCUCCAGACUGACAAUGUCCCCAGCAGCAUCUCCGGUCAGCACGCCUCCAGACGGCGGGUGGGGCUGGGCCGUGGUGCUCGGCGCCUUCAUCUCCAUUGGCUUCUCCUACGCCUUUCCCAAAGCCCUUACCGUCUACUUCAAGGAGAUCCAGGAGUACUUUUCAGUGUCCUACAGCGAGAUUGCCUGGGUGUCCUCUAUCAUGCUGGCUACCAUGUAUGCGGGAGGACCUUUCAGCAGCAUCCUGGUGAACCGGCAUGGCAGCCGACCAGUGGUCAUAGCUGGAGGGAUUAUGUGUGGCGUUGCCAUGGUGACCGCCUCAUUUGGAAGCACCAUUUUGCAUCUGUACAUAUGUAUCGGAGUCAUCGGAGGUCUCGGUCUGUCCUUUAACCUGCAGCCAUCUCUGACCAUCAUCGGGCAGUACUUCCUGGCCAGGAGGCCCAUUGCCAACGGCCUUGCCAUGGCAGGAAGCCCCGUCUUCCUCUCCACCCUGGCCCCCCUCAAUCAGUUCCUCUUUGAUCAUUUCGGCUGGAGGGGGGGGUUCUUCAUCCUAGGGGCUAUGCUGUUGAAUUGUUGUGUAGCCGGAGGACUGAUGAGGCCCAUUUUAGGAAAAGCGGGGCGACAGGCAGCUGAGAAGGUCACCGGAACCAUCCCUGGGUUCCAUUCUACGAACGGUUCUGCUGGUGUGUCGGAGCCGGAGAGGACGACAUGCGCCGAUAACGUCAGCAAGUUCAUUGAUUUCUCGCUCUUCAAGAACCGGGGCUUCCUCAUCUACCUGGUGGGGAAUGUGGCCAUGUUCUUCGGCUUCUUUGCCCCCAUCGUCUUCCUUGCCCCAUAUGCCAAGCACCAGGGCAUUGACGAGUACUCAGCUGCCUUCCUGCUCUCCAUCCUGGCCAUGGUGGACAUGGUUGCCCGCCCUAGUACAGGUCUGCUGGCCAACACCAAGUGGGUCCGACCACGGAUCCAGUACCUGUUCAGUUUUGCUGUGGCCUACAACGGCGUGUGCCACCUGCUGUGUCCCCUGGCCACCAGCUACGGGGGCCUGGUGACCUACUCGCUCUUCUUCGGGGUGGCAUUCGGCAUGGUCUGUGCCCUGCUCUUCGAGUGCUUGAUGGACCUGGUUGGCGCACAGCGAUUCUCCAGUGCGGUCGGGCUUGUCACCAUCGUGGAGUGUUGUCCUGUGCUGCUCGGACCACCAGUUGGAGGAGCGCUGGUGGACGUCUUCGGUGACUACAAGCCCAUGUACCUGCUGUGUGGGGGGGUGAUGCUCAGCGCCGGAGUCUUCCUCUUCAUCAUGAACUUCUACAACUACCGGCUACUGGAGCGCGAGCGGCGGGCGCUGGCCGGGGGGGCGAAGGAGCUGCCUGCCAUGGAGGGGGCAGCAGCGGCGGAAGAGGGUGCCGCUGGCCGAGGAGAGCAUGUGGAGGAGGCUGGUCAGCUGGAGACAAGGGUCACCCAUACGUGACCAUGUGGACCAUUCCAUGGAACCGAUGACAGCUGUCAGACGGGUGUCCCACUGUGGACGGUGCUCAGCUCUGGGACUGGCUUCCAUGCACUAGUGUGAUGGGGCCAUAAUUAGAAAUAUUUCCUCUCCGCUUCAUCAGGCUACGGGCAUGAAAAACAUAAUAACCAGUAAAGUGAAACACAAACACUCCCGCCCCCACCCCCCCCCCCCCCCAAGGCCCCUUUUAGUUUUCAUGUCAGGCAGAAUGCAUUUUUCACAGCAGUGACAGGCUAACCCUGUACCCACCUCAUUGUGUGUAAAUUACAGGAGCAGAGGGACACGCCAUCUCACAGUGUCACACACAGGCCGUAACUAUCGCUUCUCUUUCCAAGGUCUAGCUUUCCUUCGCUUUAAAAUUCUGCACGUAUCUGGCGACUAAGAAGAUGAAAAAAGUGGGUUGCGAAUCCAAACGCAUAAUAACCUAUGAUCUUCCAUCAUUAUCAGCUGUUUUAGUUACUGUCAGCAGUACAGCAGUCUGACGUCCCUGGAUGGUGAUAAAUCAGAGUUUGCUUAUGGGUCAUCAUUGUAUAUCAGAGGAACACAAUGUACGAUACAUCAUAGACAUGAUGUAUACAUAGACAGUUUUUUGUCUUUAUUUUUAAAUCAUGCGAGAUGUAAAACCCAGCAUUAGCAAAUUCUUUCUAGCAAUUUCUAUGUUGCGCUGAAAUUCAGCUACCUCAGAGGACAACACUCAGCAUUAAAUAACCAUAUGCUACCCUUGCAACAGAGUCAUUUAUUUGUAAUCCAGCCCCAUCUAAAGGAAUUGUACUGUAUAUUUUGUCUGAGUAAAUGUAAAGCGUCAAGUCAGCAGGUAGCUAUGGGCAUAUAGAUGCUACAGUGAGACUUCAGUGAAGUUCCAUAUCUUACGACAGAUUCUCUGCAUCAUGUCGAUGCUCUGUUCCCAGAAGCAAGUAGUGCCCCCGUUAUCCAGACAUCACCACCUGCUGGGCUCUUUGUGAACACGCGCGUCAUAAAAAUUACACUCCAAUUUUAAAAGGGUAAAUGUUAAAGAUAGGCCUGUCUAUUGCUGCCUGUGGUCUGUGUGAAACCACCAAACAGAAGAAGUACGUUGGUAUAUAUGAUUUACAGCCAAAUUGCUUUUUGUUCCUGUGAAGCGGCCGCGGUAGUUUAAUUUUGCACAGCGAUUACGAAGCCUGGGGACGAUGCUGAAAUGUCACGUCUAAGGGUGUGAGUGCCUAAUAACGCAUGGCCAGCACCCUGCGGGAAGUUCUGGGCCAGUGCCUGUAGCUGCAUGGUGCCUCUGACACUCAGCGAAUCGCCAAAGCGGUAAAUAAAUUACCAUCCAUGUUGGAGGUCCCUGGACGGGCCCUUGGAUGGCAGUUGAGGGGCCCCAGAGACGCAGGGCUCCUGCUGAGGCAGCGUACCCCCGUCUCCGGCAGCCCCGCCCACCAGCAUCCCAAACUCAGAAGUUUCACGGCCCGCAGCCCAUGCCCUUCAGCGCCCCCCCAGCCACGUUCGUCACGGUGACUGAAGCCGCUGUCACUCUUUGCAGAAAGGUGAAGGUGGGCUGGCACUGAGUAGGUGGGGCGAGCCAGGCCCGGAGUGGCACGGCGCAGCGAUUGCUCGCGGUGCAGCUCAGAAUGCGCGGCACUGUGGAACACAAUGGGAAGGUGACCUCAUUAAGCAAGGCUGCUUGUAGGGCUUGGGGACCCAAUAGAAACCUGUUUGUUUCAUAGAGCCCUCUCCAGUUGGGGGGGGGGGGUGGGCACCAUGUGACGAGGUCAUAUCGGUACAUUCUGCAAACAGAAAUGAGACGAACCUGAAUGGUUAUCGCUGACUCCAACCAGGUCCAGCUUCUUGGAAGAACUUUGACUCCUGGGGAAUCAGAGUCCCAAGGUACACUAGGAGAGACUCCCCAAGUAAACGGGAGAGGCAGGAACGGGGGUGCAGGCUUAGCGCAUGCUUCAAAGGGCUCUGCCUCCAUCAUGGUGUUUUAUGGAGAGUACAAAUGGCUAAUGGUGCUGAUUAGAUAAAGGCUGCGGUUUGCCUCCGCAUUCUGUGGUACUUCUCUGCAAGGCCAAUGGGCAAAUGUCUGCGGUGACGAUAACCCUCAUCCCAGGGCCUCUGCAUUUCCACACCGGUCCUCCAGUUCCCUGCAAGGACACUAGACGUGAUGAAUCUGGGGUCGAGAUUCACAUCCCCAACGCCAUCCAUAUUAGCAUAAUCCUGUCGCAUUAAAUACAAAGGUUACUUUCCCACAGGGUGCAUCUGUGCAUUUUUAAUUAGUGCUUUUAGCAUUAAUACGUGUACAAGGUUCAGGCCUCAUUAUGAAAAAACAUCUGAAAGGUUUUUUUUUGCAAGAUGGGUUUUUGAGAAACUCAGGGCUCCAGCAGGACACAUGCUAACAUGAUGACGGGAAGCUGUUUACGCUGUCGUCCACGGUGACCCGGAUUAAAACGGAGCCUGGAGCUGACACAUGAGGAACCCCUUCAGAGAAGCCUGUCUUACUCCCAGCUAGACAGUGUGAACUGGAACUUUGCCAUCUUGCUCAUUUGACUUUUUCUGCUAGCCUGUGGAGGAUGGGCUCCCCUUUGGGUCUGGUUAGGGUUAGGGCUUCCUCUGCCGGACCUUGGAGGAUGGGCUCCCCUUUGAGUCUGAUUCCACUCAAGGUUCCUAUUGAGUUUUUCCUUUGCCACAGUCACCCCUGGCUUGCUGAGUGGGGGCUUUGGGUGGGGAUUCUAUAAAGUGCUUUGAGACAAUGUAAUGUUGUGCAAAUGUGCCAUACAAAUAAAAUUUAAAUUAAUUGAAUUGAGCUCUCUACUUGUUCACCCAUGGCCUUUGAUCAAUGCCUGUUGUCUUCUGCAACUGAUUAUUAUGAAGCCUGAAAAUAAUUGCGUAAUAUUUGUGAAGGAAAAAACUGUAGUUGCACUGAAAAAAGACUUUGAUUUGCAUAUUGAGUGUCACUGGUUAGACCGCAGUAGAAAACUCUUUGCUGUGUAGAUUGAAGCUACAUUAAACACAACGUCUCCC